AACCGCCAAUAAACUUCAUUGAAGAAGAAGAAGACGGACUAUGGCGACACCUGGUGGCUCUUUUAUUGAAGUUAGCGCUGAGUGCUGCUGACAGCAAGAGGAAGCAGUCUUGUUAGCCAUUGUCUAUAGCCAGCUGACUUGAGUUACUACAGUCGUGUAGGGCUGUUUCUCUCAGUCUUGGCAGACAGCACCUGGGCCGCAGAUAUGCCAAGUCUAAAGCUGAUAUCUGCGACGGACACCCAGUAUUCAGCAGCUGUGCUGAAGUCAAUGAACGAGCAGCGAAAUCAUGGGCUAUUUUGUGACGUCACCAUUAUUAUACAGGACAAGAAGUUCAGAGCUCACAAAACAAUCCUGUCUGCCUCAAGUACAUAUUUCCACCAGCUCUUCAGCGUGGCCGGACAAGUGAUUGAGUUAAACUUCAUCAGAGCUGAAAUCUUCGAGUUGAUUCUCAACUACAUUUACAGCUCCAAGAUUGUCCGCGUCCGCUCUGACAUGCUUGAAGAGCUCAUAAAUGCUGGACAGAUACUGGGAGUCAAGUUCAUUGCCAACUUGGCAUCACCUUUAUCACAAGUUAAAGGUCUACCUGGAUUGUCUAAAGAGGCAGAAAACAAAAGUGACACGCCCACAGAGAUGAUGCCAAUCAUCACAGAGUCUUUCUCAAUAUCAGCAGAAGAAUUCAAUCAGAAGAACAAACCUGCUGGCAAUGAUGAGGACUCAGACAGUGAUGUUAUGUUUGUCUCCAAAACAGACGCUCACACCAGAGCACAAAAUCAGAAAGCCACCUCAAAUGAGGUCAUCGAUCUAGAUUCUGGGGAUUCGGAAGAUGUAGCACCAAAGCAAAAUGAAGAAUCAAAUCAUGCAGGUGAAAAACAGGAUGAGAAGUCCACACUAGCCCUGAAAACAUACUCUUCAAAGCAACAGACCAUCACUUGUCCAGCCCGGAGUUUGCCCAACAGCAGCCCUCUGUGCAGUCCAGACAGCAGCUCCAACAACUCCUCUUCCCCUGCAAGGGUUUCCACAGGAAGCGCUCCUGCAACACCAGUCAGGCCGAGCAAUUUCACCCCUGAGCCCUCGAGUGCCUCUCAGUCCUCUGAAAAUAGUGAUAUAAUGGGAGUCCACAAGAAGCAAGUAGCUACUUCCACCCAGCAGGGGGACUCUAAAAUAAGGCUCCUGGAUGUGUCUGACAGCCAUGCAAAUCAAACCAACAUUCCCAAAUCAGGUAUCACAGCAAAGAAAACAGUGACACUCAAUACAGCCACAGAGAUUGAUUCCAUUUCAUCUGGGUGUAAAGUGUACGCCAACAUUGGAGAAAAUACAUAUGACAUUGUCCCCGUGAAGGAGGAUCCAGGGGAAGGAGGCUCCAAAGUCAAUAAAGGGAAAAGGUCGUCAAUGACGACCACAUUAAAAACAUUAGAUAAAACGGCAACAUCACCAAAAACCAGCCCGAGCAGGAAGAGGACCAAAACCGAGCUAGAGGAUCACUACGAGGUAAUCAUGGAUGGAAAGACCUUCUACGUAUGCAUCGUCUGCAAACGGCCCUACGUGUGUCUAACGAGCCUCCGCCGUCACUUUAACACCCACUCCUGGGAGAAGAAGUACCCGUGCCGCUAUUGCAACAAGGUCUUUGCUCUGGCCGAGUACAGAACUAAACAUGAAAUCCACCACACAGGAGAGAGGCGGUACCAGUGCUUGUUGUGCAAUGAAAUGUUUUUAAACUACCAGUUACUGGCCACCCACUGCAAGCAAGUCCACAACCAGGACCCCAGCGGGAGGAAGGAAAAGGAUGACAAGGACAACAACUUAUACAGAUUGCUGCCAUGUAAAACAGUUCAGAUGAAGACGUACUCUUGGACUACCGGCGGGGAGGGCAUUCCUGUAAUAUCUGAGGACGGCAGCGUGCAUCACAUAGCCAACAUCAGCCAAGACAUGCAGUCCUCCACACAAACCAGGAUGUUGAACUGGGACGACAUCUUUGUGGAGCCUGAUGCUAACGCUAGACCGGGGUCAACCAUAAACACUCCUCCACAGGGAGCCACAGAGUUUGAUUUUGUUAUACCAGAGACCUACUGAGGCAUACCUGUUCUCUGGUACCUGUGCCUUUAGGUGACCCUCGCUCUCUUCUCUGUCAAUAUUUUUCUACCCAUAGUGUCAGCAUCAGGUAGUUCCUCUGUUAGCCAUUUAUUUAGAGCUCAAAAUUUUUCUGUUGUACUGGUGGUUCAGUAAGGAGCUUUUGUGUCUUAUCUAUCUGUUCAACCCAACCAAUCUCUUAUCUCAGCAUGCACAAAUCUCAUACUUUACCUGUAAGAAGCAAGUUUAUCUGACUACACCAAGCAGCAUCAACGCAACCUAAAUAUUUUUGAGCUGAAUACUUAAGUAGUCUGAAAAUCUCAUUCCCUUGGUUGUUGUUUACACAAUUUAGGCAGAUUAGGGGUUGACUGAUAUUGGUUUUCAGGGCCAGUAGUGAUUAUUAGGAGCUCAUGAGACUCUGAUAUGUAUUUAAAACGAACCAUUGGUAGGUAAGUUUCAGUAAAUUAAUUGUUAGUUUUACAACAUGUCAUUGGGCAAACCUGCCAUUUAAAAUUACUUUGCUACCUCAUUACUAAUAACAGAUUAAUAUCUAUAAAGGUGAAUUUUUAUCUGUGAAACUUCACUUUUAAUAGUUCAUGCAUGUAUUAACCAGCAGUACAAGUGCUCACAUGUUCACUUAAGGAAAAGUAGCAAUACCACAGAGUGAAAACACUUUUAAUACAAGUAGAAGUGAAUUCAGUGAAGUAGAAGAUGAAUUCAAUGCACUUAUGAAACAAAAGCAAUAUUGCAUUUCAGAAUAAUCAAGUGUAAUACUGGAUUGCAACUGCUGAUGCAUCAAUGCAGUCAUCACUUAGAUGUUGGAGAUCAAAUAAAUUGAUUCUAUACUGCAGACAGUAAUCCAGCCACUGGCUUCUCAAGAGCUAGUGGGGGAUAAGCUAGGUGAGGCCUGCCUGCACGGGCUACAGGGUACUGGCUAACUAGCUGCCAUAGGAUAGUGGUUCUCAACCUUGGGGUCAGGAUCCCCCUGGGGGUUCGUGAGACACUGAAAGGGGGUUUCCAGUUCACCUAGAAAAACUAAGAAUAUUUUUAAAAACAAGAAAAGCAUUCAGUGAGCA